AUGAUUGAGGAAUCUAGCGGUGUUGGUUUGCUGCAGUUCUGGGCAUUGUCUCCUGCCCUCAACCUACUCAGCCUUACUGCAUGCAAACAGCAGCAGCAGCAGCAGCAGCAGCAGAAAGAGCAGCAACAAGUGCAAGAGCUCCAACAGCAGCAUCCAGAGCAAAAAAAGGAACAAGAAAAUGAGCAGCAGCAGGAGGAGCAGCAAGACCAGCAGCAACAGCAAGAACAGCAGCACGAGCAAGAGCAGCAACAGCAGCAGGAUCAAGACAAAGAGCAGCAACAGCAGCAGCAGGUGGAAAAAGCAGAGCAGCAGCAGCAGCAACAGCAGCAGCAGCAGCAGCGGGUAGCCACAGGUGGCUCCCAAAGACCCUUUACUGUUUUGUUGGUUGGCGUGGCGGAUUUACAUCACGUGCUCAAGACAGUGCAGCAGCACGCUGCUGCUAGACAGCAGCAGCAGCAGCAGCAGCAGCAGGAGCAGGAGCAGCAGGAGGCGCAGCAGCAGGUGCAGCAGAAGCAGCAGGCCUUUCUCUUAGAGGUAAUAAUCCUUAGCAGCAGCAGCAGCAGCAGCAAACAGCAGCAGCAGCAGUAG